ACAUCGGGUAUAUAUGCCCCAAAUAUCUUCACCACAUUUUCUCUCUUCACUCUCAGACUCAGUUUCCAGAUUCUGAGAAGAGCGCCAAAUUAGGGUUAGGGUUAGCAUAUUAGGGUUUAACGAACGGAUCCUCCACUCUCUGCAUCCAUGGAUCUGACAAAGAAGCGCAAAAUCGACGAGAACGGCUUCAACGAUUCCUCCGACCCUCUCAAACUCUCCCCCUCCGAGGCGCGCAAGCUCAUCGACCGCUUCUCGCCGGACCAGCUACUCGAUAUUCUUCAGGACGCCGUCUCCCGCCACCCCGACGUCCUCGCCGCCGUGCGCGCCGCCGCCGACCCCGACGUCUCCCAGCGCAAGCUCUUCAUCCGCGGCCUCGGCUGGGACACCACCACCGACGGCCUCCGCUCGCUCUUCUCCACCUUCGGCGACCUCGAGGAGGCCGUCGUCAUCCUCGACAAGGCCACCGGCAAGUCCAAGGGCUACGGCUUCGUCACGUUCCGCCACGUCGACGGCGCGCUCCUCGCCCUCCGCGAGCCCAGCAAGCGCAUCGACGGCCGCGUCACGGUCACGCAGCUCGCCGCCGCCGGGAACUCCGCGUCGAAUGCCAACGCCGCCGACGUCGCGCUCCGGAAGAUCUACGUGGCCAACGUGCCGCCGGACCUCCCCGCGGACAAGCUUCUUGCGCACUUUUCGGUCUAUGGCGAGAUCGAGGAGGGGCCUUUAGGGUUCGAUAAGCAAACGGGGAAGUCGAAGGGUUUCGCUUUGUUUGUUUACAAGACUCCCGAAGGGGCUCAGGCUGCGUUGCUGGAGCCUGUGAAGACUGUUGAGGGGAGGCAGUUGAGUUGUAAAUUGGCCAUUACUGAUGGCAAGCAGGGGAAGCGGGCUGGGCCCGAUGGGCCCCAGGCCCAUGGGAAUGUUCAGCAUGGGCAUGGGGACGGUGUGGGGGCCGGAAUGGGGAUGGGCAUGGGGAUGCCGCCGAAUGCCGGGUCUGGGCCUGGGCAGUAUGGGCCUCCUGUGGGGGUGGGCUCUUAUGGUGGGUUUGGUGGGCAGCCUCCCAUGGGGAAUCAUCAUCCCAUGAAUUCGUCGAAUCCGGUGCCCGGGUCUAUGGCGGGUGCUGGCGGUGGGUACGGUGGUGGAAUGGGUGGGCCUUAUGGUGGGUACGGUGGGCCGGGGUCGACGGGCUUUGGUGGGGCUGGUGGGAUGGGAGGGGGUAGUGGAGGUGUAGGUGUUGGUGCUGGUGGUGGUGCUGGUGGAGGAAUUGGUGGUGGUGCUGGUGCUGGUGGUGGGUCUUUGUAUAGAUUUCCGGGAUCGGGUGGAAUGCCUGGUGGUGGUGGAGGGUAUCCGGAUAGUGGAGGACACUAUAGUUUAUCAGCUUCGGGUGGGUACCAGAAUCAACAUCACCCUCCUUCUGGGGCUUCACCUGUGCCUAGGGUUCCGCCGGGUUCCAUGUAUCCCAAUGUGCCUCCUUACUACUGAGGUGUAUCGCUUAUUGGGCGCAGAUGCUUUGUGUGCCUCUGGUGAUUGCGUGAUUGCAGACUAUGUGCUCUGGUGUAAUGAAUGUGUUAGCCUGUACUUUUACAGCCUCUUGACUUCAUCUGCUGCUUUUUUAAGCCUUGAUUCUAAUGAAUGUUACUAGUUAAAGCUAUUGAGAUAGACUAGUUAUGUACUUUUAGCUGGAUCAUCUGAGCUGUUACAGCCUUUGUUUUAAUUAUAUAGUUUUGGAUUAUGUUGAAUUUUAUUAGAGGAGUUUGUAUUUAGUUACAUUUUCCUUUGGUUAGUUUCAACAGUUGUUCAAUGUUGUGGUUGUUUCGUUUUGCUUUGUGUAUCAAUAUUUUCUAAUGCAGUGUUAUAUCCUGAUGA